AUGGCUGAAACGGAAAUAAUAUCAAAUAGUGACAAUAAUGAGCAGUUCUUUGAAGGUGUCGAAAAGCUGAUUGAAAUUUGGUUUACGCCGGUCAAGCGUGCUGACUUAAGAAAAAUUACUCGACAACAGUGGGAAAAUGUCCUGAAAAUAGUACGCUGUGAGAUUAUAUCUUUCACUCAGAGUGAUGAAGUUGAUGCCUAUGUACUUAGCGAGAGCAGCAUGUUCGUGUCCCGUCGUCGCUGGAUCCUGAAGACGUGCGGCAAGACGACGCCGCUGCGAUGCGUGCGCGCAGUGCUGGCGCUCGCUCGGGAGACGGCCGGCUACGCUCGCGUGCAGAACGUGUUCUAUUCGCGACGCGAGUUCGCGAGACCCGAAGCGCAGUUGAAGCCCCACGACAACUUUGAUUCAGAGGUCGAGCUCCUGGACUCGUUCUUCGGCGACGGCCGAGCGUACAUAAUGGGCCCCGAGAAGGAUUGCUGGUACCUGUACACGCUGCUGCCACUCGAAGGCACCGUCGACGCGCUGGAGAAGGAGCAACGCGAAGUGAGCGACGGGCGCGAAGGGGGGGAGCCGGACCAGACCAUCGAGAUCCUGAUGUCGGACUUGGACCCCGCCGUCAUGGACAUCUUCACUCGGGCCGCUUCGGCCGACGCCGCACAAGCCACUCGGGCUUCAGGAAUCGACCAGAUCAUCCCGGGCAUGGUGAUCGACGACUACCUCUUUGACCCAUGUGGCUACUCGAUGAACGGAGUCGCUAAAGAUGGCUGCUACAUGACCAUUCACAUAACUCCCGAACCUUCUUGCUCGUACGUGUCGUUCGAGUCGAACGUGUCCGCCGCGUGCUACGAGCGCGUGCUCUCCGCCGUGCUGGCAGCCUUCCGUCCCGCCAAGUUCGUGCUCACCAUCUUCCACACUCCGGACGCGCCGGCAUCCGAGGCCCUUCGCGAGCUGAAGACAUUCCACUCCCUGAACGCGUUCGAGCAAAAGGAGGCCCAGUACUGCCGCUUCUCCGGCUACGAGCUGCACUACGCGCUCUACAACAAGUUCCCGAGCUGA